AAAAUUUUAUAAAACCAAAUUUUCUCGAUUUUUUUUUGUUUUUCAAUUUUGAAAAAAAAUACCGAACAACAACAACAACAACGAAAAAUGUCUGGACGUGGUAAAGGUGGUAAAGUCAAAACUAAAGCCAAAUCUCGUUCAUCACGUGCUGGUCUACAAUUUCCUGUUGGUCGUAUUCAUCGAUUGUUACGAAAAGGCAAUUAUGCUGAACGUGUUGGUGCCGGAGCUCCUGUAUAUUUGGCUGCCGUUCUUGAAUAUUUGGCUGCUGAAGUUCUUGAAUUGGCCGGUAAUGCUGCACGUGAUAAUAAAAAAACUCGUAUUAUUCCACGUCAUCUUCAAUUGGCCAUUCGUAAUGAUGAAGAAUUGAAUAAACUAUUGAGCGGUGUUACCAUCGCACAAGGUGGUGUACUACCAAAUAUUCAAGCAGUUUUGUUGCCAAAAAAAACGGAAAAAACUGCCUGAAAUUUUCAUUCUACAUUCCAUUAUCAUUUAUACGAAAAACGGUCCUUUUUCGGGCCACAAUUUCAUUUUGAUUGAAUUUUAGCAAUUUUUUUGUUUGCUUGUAAAUAAAAUCCAAAAAUUUUUGUUUUCAUAAAAUAAACACGUGACUCUAUUUCCACCCAACCAUGUCUCUGGUUGGAUUGUUUUAUUUUGAGAAA